AUGGCGAAUGUCCUGUCUGUGCUGCAAGAAAAAGGACCGACACUGAAUGCUGGAAAGUGUCAAUUUAGAAUGGAAAAUCUACAAUUUCUUGGACAUGUCUUAUCCGAGAAGGGAGUGAGUCCAGCAGAAGAUAAAGUCAGAGCAGUUCUCGAGGCUAGAGAACCAAGCAACACAAAAGAAAUCAGGAGCUUCUUGGGGCUAGUCAACUUCAAUGGGAGGUACAUAGAAAACCUUUCGACAGUGUCAGAACCUUUAAGACGUCUGACAAGAAGCAAUGUGAAGUUUGUUUGGGGACCUGAACAACAGGCUUCUUUCAAUCAGCUGAAGAAAUGUUUGACUAGUGCCAACGUACUGGGAUACUUUGAUAAGAACGCACCAACACAAGUGAUUGCAGACGCAAGUCCUGUUGGAAUCGGGGCUGUACUAGUUCAAGAACAACGAGGUGUGCAUAGAGUCAUAUCUUAUGCAAGCAAGAGUUUAUCAGACAUUGAGAGACGGUAUUCUCAAACCGAGAAGGAGGCAUUGGCUCUUGUGUGGGCAUGGAAAUGGUAUACAGUGGGCAACACAAAGUAUGUACCAGUGAGAAAUGAACUGUCUGCUAUUGGUAAAAUUGUGUUGCGUGGUACCAGAAUAUUGAUUCCCAAGCUGUUGAGAGAGAAUGUGCUUCAAUUGGCUCAUGAAGGUCAUCCGGGUAUUGUACGGAUGAAACAGCGUUUACGUAGCAAAGUAUGGUGGCCGGGAAUAGAUGCCGAUGCUGAGAAAUUCUGCAGAUCGUGUCAUGGAUGUCAAGUGGUGGCUUUGCCAAAGUCUCCUCCGCCUAUGUGCCGUACACCAUUGCCAACAUCCCCAUGGCAACAUCUCGCUGCGGACCUGAUGGGACCACUACCUACAGGAGAACACGUAUUUGUGGUAGUCGACUAUUAUAGUCGUUACUUCGAACUUGAUGUGAUCAAGAACACCACUGCAGAAUCUAUUGUAGACUAUUUGACAAGAAUUUUCACAACUCAUGGACUUCCCCUCAGUUUGAAAACAGAUAAUGGUCCACAAUUUACAAGCAAGAACUUUAAAGAGUAUCUGCGCCACAAUGGCGUAGAACAUAAAACAAGCACUCCAUAUUGGCCUCAAGCCAAUGGCGAGGUUGAAAGGCAGAAUCAGACGAUACUGAAAAGGAUCAAGAUUGCCCAGGUGGAGGGAAAGGACUGGAAAACAGAAUUAAUUCCAUUCCUCAUUAUGUAUCGGACAACCCCUCAAGCAACAACAGGAAAGUCGCCCAGUGAGUUGUUGUUCAGACGAACAGUGCGAACGAAACUGCCAGAAAUCGAAAACAUCAAUGUGGAUGGUGAAGUGCGUGACCAUGAUAAUGAACUGAAAUACAAAGGGAAAGUCUACAGUGACAGAAGAAGGCAUGCGACACAGUCAACGAUUGAGUGUGGUGAAAAAGUUCUGGUGAAGAAACAAGUACAUGACAAUAAACUUUCUACAAGUUUUCACAAGGAACCAUUUACUGUUGUCAACAGGUAUGGCAAUACAGUAGAAGUGGGAACUGAAAGUGGUCCGGUAUACAGAAGAAAUGUGACACAUGUAAAGAAAUAUAAUGCAAGAAGUUCUAAUGGUGAGAAGGACAUUUCCAUUGUGCAGCCUGACAACACUGUACCAACUGACCUUCCUAGUGCAAGGCCACUGCGUUUCAAGUCUGUGCCGACCAGGUACAAGGAUUUUGUACUUGGAUAUCUGAACUGUUGA